AUGACUUACUUGUCUCUCGCCGAUUUUUCGGGAACGGCUACGAUGAUGCCACUGAUGCUAGCCAAGUUAUGUUCGGCAUACAAGAAACCGGAUGCACAGACGGUGCUUCGGAUGGGGGCCGUGCGGGCCUUCCUGCGGCCGACGGAAGUGUCGAAGGUGGGGAUCCUGGGAGGAAAAGUUAGGCCCAGCGGUGGCGAGGCAUGGACGAUCCCCCCUGGCCCAGCUCCAGGCCGCACUCGGCGAGGACACUGGGAUGUGGGUCCGGGGAUCGACCGGGCCGAGGCCGAGCCGAAAACUCACGUCAAGAGCAUGAUGUCCUCUAAGAACUUCCGCCCGUCUAUCUCCUCUUGGAACCAAGGACUCCAUUUGCUCCGAAUCCUUUCUCUAGACCUAUUUGCGCGGCUGAACGAAGCGCGAAAAGCGACGCCGGGGAUCUGGACCCUCGAACGGCUCGAAGUUGGCGAACGCGGCAUCCAGGGCUUCUUCGCGCCCCCAAAACUCCCUGUUGGACCUUCAACACUCUCGCUCGAACACUCCUCCAAGCCAACUCGGCCGAAAUCUCCUGCGCCGCCCCAACCUCCCUCGCAUCGCCCGGCAAUCAUCCGCUCCCGCUCCUCCGCAUCCUUGGCCGGUCCGAAGCCGGACUCGCCGGCCAAUAAGAAGCCGAAAAAGGGCACCUUGGACGGGUACAUUAGCCCCCUGGCGCACGCCCCACCCCGCAAUGCCUCGCCUCCCAAGGAAGCCGAAGAAGGGCACCUUAGACGGAUACAUUGUUCCUUUGGCCCGCGUCUCCCCGCCGACGAAAGUGUCUGCUCCCCCGGGACGCUCUUCGCCCUCGCGCACGGCCCGGUCGCGGCUCCUCACCUUCGGCUGUCCCCGGUGCGACAGAGUGGUCGCCGUCGAGCCCGGACUGAUGGCUGA